AAAUCCAGAGAGCAGCUGUGCACCCACCAGAGCAUUGAGAGUCAUAGGAGUUCUUAGUUCUUGCUUCAACAGUGUUUGAACGGAACAGGAAUUCUCUGUGCCCGACUACACCAGUCCUUAACUCCAGGACCUCAUCUUAUUCCCUUAGAAAGUCCCUACUAUGACCACCAUGAGCUCCCAGGUCCGCCAGAACUACCAUCAGGACAAUGAAGCUGGAGUCAACCGCAUAGUCAACCUGGUGCUGCAGGCUUCCUAUGUCUACCAGUCAGUGGGAUUCUACUUUGACCGAGAUGAUGUGGCCUUGGCCAAGUUCUCAAAGUUCUUCCGUGAACAGUCUGAGGAAAAGCGAGAACAGGCGGAGAAGUUUUUGAAGUUCCAGAACAAGCGUGGAGGACGGAUAGUUCUUCAAGAUAUCAAGAAACCUGAUGCUGAUGAAUGGGGAAAUGGCCUCCAUGCUAUGGAGUGUGCGUUGAAGCUAGAAAAUACAGUAAACCAGGCUUUCCUGGACCUCCACAAGAUUGCUACUGACCACACAGACCCUCAUAUGUGUGACUUCCUGGAGAGAGAAUAUCUGAAGGAGGAAGUGGAACUUAUAAAGAAACUGGGAGACCACGUUACAAACCUGAAGCGUGUGCACGCAGCUGAAAAUGGCAUGGGAGAGUACCUGUUUGACAAGCUGACCUUAGAAGACUAAUAUGGUUACGGCAAGAUCUGUAAUGCUGGGAGGGAUGGGGUCACUGGGGAGAAGUGACUGGCAUGCUCUGAAAUAUCAACAAUAAAAAUAAUGUCC